CAAAGAAACAAACAACGUUUGUCAUCAUAUAUUGUAACUCUCUCCAUCUGUUUCCAAUGGAAAUAUCAAAAGCAGCAGCUGUGCGCAUGACCACUAUUUUCUUCUCAUUCCUGGCCUUGUCAUUCUUGGCCGCAAGCAUCGACUACGAGGAUUACUGUUUCCCACCUCCCUCCCUGCUCAACCGGACGUGCACCACGGCUAUUUGCGGCCAAUACUGUUUUUCUACUUACCGCUAUCCAAAUGGAUAUUGCGAUCAGCAAGGCUACUGUGUUUGCUAUGGUGACUUCCCGUGCGAUGCCGAUCCUUGUACAGGUAAUAAUUAUUGCAAGGGAUGGUGUGAGUCCAAUGGCUAUCUCAAUGACUCUGCCUUCUGCGAUGAACAAGGCACCUGCUUUUGCACUCCUCCUCCUCCAGUACAGCAGGCUCCGAGUCCCCCUUCCAAUGUGCAGAGUCCGAGUCCCCCUCCCUGUAUAUAAAGUUGUAACUCUUCAAAGACCCAAAAAAAAAAAAAAAAAGUUCUUAUACGCCAAUGGGUAUGUUCUCUUUCUGAAGCUUAAUUUGAGUAUGUCGUCCUCUGUACUCAUCCCCCACAAACAAUAAAAAAGCUCUGAGGAUGAGAGAGCUUGCUGUGUCAUCAUUGUUCCUUCGUGUAUGUUUAUAAAAAAUAAACAAAACUUGCAAAU